UUCAAAACGUUUGUCCCCGAUAUGCGUACAAAUCCAGCUUUUUUAUAGUGAUCAAGGGAGUUCAAUUUCGAGCUAAUGUCAGGCAGCGGCGGCGUCAGCGCGUCCAAUCAGUCGUCCGCCGGCGGCGGUGCAUCGCCUCAUUUACCUCCUCCUCCUCCUCCCAAAAUCCUCUUGGCUAAGCCGAGCCUCGUCAACGCCGCCGGUAAGUUGAUCCGCGCAGCCGACGACGAAUCCGUCACUCUCCGCUCUCGUGUCCCCUCCUCCGUUGGAUCUCUCAACCUCCUCUCUGAUUCCUGGGACUUCCACACCGACCGCUUCCUCCCCUUUUUGACUGAUAACACUGAUUUUACGGUGGUUGGGGUGAUCGGUCCUCCUGAGGUGGGGAAGUCGUCGAUAAUGAACGAGCUCUAUGGAUUUGAUGGAACCUCACCUGGAAUGUUGCCGCCUUUUGCGAUACAGUCGGAGGAAACUAGAGCAAUGGCAAAGCACUGUACUGUUGGCAUUGAGCCUCGCAUCUCUGCUGAGCGUAUUAUACUUCUUGACACACAGCCUGUGUUUAGUCCUUCUGUUUUAGCUGAGAUAAUUAGACCCGAUGGCACGUCGACAAUCUCUGUAUUGAGUGGUGAUUCUCUCUCUGCUGAGCUGGCUCAUGAAUUGAUGAGUAUCCAGCUUGGUGUUUUCUUGGCGUCGGUUUGUCAUAUAGUACUGGUGGUGUCCGAGGGAGUUCAUGAUACUAACUUGUGGCGUUUGAUAUUGACGGUGGACUUGUUGAAACAUGGUCUACCUGACCCUUCUUCUCCCACUGUUCCCACUUCACAAACUUCUACCCUGAGUUCCGAAAAAGAAAACAGAGAUAAAAUUCAGGAGGCUGGACAAGAGUAUACAGCAGCUCAGGUUUUUGUACAUACAAAACUGCGGGACCAAGAUCUUACUCCUCACAACUUUGUGAAAAUAAAGAAGGCGCUUACGCAAUAUUUCAGCUCCUCUUCUUUCACAGCAGCUAAAAACCAAAACGCGGGCAAAGAUAAUCAGUUUUCUUCUGUCUCUCUCAUUAACCAGGGAAACAAUCCGGACUCACUGCCGCUGGAUCUAUUUCUAAUCCCAUAUAAGAGUAAAGAUGACUUCCCAAGGGCAGAGCUUGAAAGUUAUGUUUCUGCGUUAUGGAAAUUGCGGGAUCAGGUUUUAUCCAUGAGUAGCCCAUCCUUUGCAAGGACAGUAUCUGAGCGUGACUGGCUGAAGAAUUCUGCGAAGAUAUGGGAUAUGGUGAAAAACUCUUCAAUAAUUUCGGAGUACGGAAAGACACUGCAGAGUUCUGGCAUGUUUAGGCGUUAGCUGUCAGUUAUUUUCCCAGUCAUUUGCACCGAUGUAUCAUUUUAGUUCAAAUUGACCAAACUAGGAAGCUGGCAGCAGUUGAUGUUUAACCGUUUGUGGAAGUACUUUUUUCUUAUGGUAGUUUCAUAUGUAAUCAAUUCAGACCUAAUCUUCGAAGAAUAGUUUCUUCUCAUUC